ACACCGCAAAUUCGUUUUGUGCUCCAUGCUUGUGUAGAAGUUCUGGUUUGUGGCAUAAACGCUUUCAUUCAUGUUUGUGAGUGUUUAUCCACAUUUUAAAACCCCCGUGGUGUACCUAAGUUACCAUGAUGCCCGGAGAGACUCAAGCGAGAACUGCAGGAAUUGCCCCAGACGGAACGGCUGGAACUUGUCAAAACUGCGCUGUGUUGAAUGAGACACUGCACGAAUACAUUACAUCGUUUUUGGCAUUAAAGCAGAAGAUCAUCGAAACAGAUAAAGUAUUGAACGAGUUCAAAGACAAAUGCGAUGAGCUUCACCAAACGCAGAGGGAAAAUGCUGAAUUCCACAGUCACCUAGACGAGUUGCUUUUGAACGUUGCUCCUUUUGAUUGCCUACACAAGGAAGAUGUGUGUAUGCAAGAGGAACUGCAGAGGACUAUGGGUUUUCUGCAGCAAUGCCAGGAUGGAGCGGCAGACUUGAGGAACGGAGACCCUGAGGCCCAGACUUUGAAGGACCGAAUUAUUUUUCAACUCAAAAUUCUCCAAGACUCAAAUCUCAAGCAGAGCACUGUUGUCACCUCGCUCCAAAAUGAAAAUAAAUCCUUGGAGAAUAAACUGCAGCAAACUCAAGAAAAGUUGGAAAAGCUAGAGAAAGAAAUAAACAAAGAAAAGAAGAGCUCUGGAACACAAACAGAAAGGAAAGAGCUGUGCAGCACAGUGGUGCAGACAGACACUGCGGAGAGGAGCAGCACGGCCGUCCAGACAAACGCGACACACACGGCCAGUACAGUGGUGCAGACUGACCCCACGGAGGAGAGCCUGAUGGACCUACGGAAAAUAAGGGAGCUGGUGAAGGACCUUCAGCACUGUGUGCUGCCUCCACCACUGUCCCAAAUGCCUCCCCAGAUAGGAUCCUUGACGUGUGGACCAGUUAGUCCGGCUGGGGUUCCAGUGCCUAAGGAACGUCUUCACAUGUCACCUGUGCCUUUGUGUCCUACCAUUGUGCCAAGAACCCCCGUCCGAACUCCUGCCCGCACCUCUGGCAGGCCGGCUGCCCCCUGUGGGAAGAUCCCUGUGCCAGCGGAGGAGAUUCUGGACUUGUUCAGACGGCUCCCCCCUCUGCUCUCGCCGAUUCCCAGCCCUGUCCAUCAGAGGAGUAAUGUGGAGGAAGACUUGCAGUUAUCAGACGAGGAAGAGGAAGAGCUCCCAACGUUCAAGCAGGAGGACGUGAAGGAGGCUGCGCUCCUCUCUAACGGCCUCAAACGCUCCCCCGACUCCCCGCCCGAGGUCAAGUUCCAUCAGCCCUCCCUCUCCGACACACACGGACAAACCACAGACCGGAGAAGCGAGGCCGCCUGUCACCGUAUGUCCGUUAACGGAAAGAGCAGAAGGAUGUCGGCUCCUGUGGCAGCGAGCAUCAAGUCUCCUGGUGAGCGAGAGGGACAAGGGGAAGAGAUGGCGAGCGUUGAUGAUGUCAUGGAGUCAGCGCAGGCGUGUGGUGAUGACACUGCUGAUAUGGAGUGGGACCCCUCUUCUGUAAAUGGCCUGGAAGGCGUUCACACUGGCCCUGCGGUUGGGUCCGGCACAGACCCACACCACAGCUCUGCGUUUGGACUUACUAAUGGAGUCGGACUCUUGCAGACCAAAGAGGAUGACGCUGAACUCCAACACAGUCCUCUGAGAAAUGGCCCUGUUAUUCUUAAGCCUGUAGACGACUCUGAGGCUGUGGUGUGCAAUGGUGAGCUGCACGAGGAACAAACAUCACAUAUACUGCCUCCUUUGACAAACUUUGCCUCAACUCCGAAACCUCAAGUCAAAGGUCAGAUGGCGAGAAUCAGUAAGAAAUACACUGGCGAGGCUCUGGGGUCAGUGUCAUUGAGUGGGGAACAGAGCGCCCAUGAUCUGGACCAGAGUGAGCUCCAGAACACUGUGCCCUCUAGAGUGGGACGGAAUGGACAGUGGCCCAAUCAUCACGCCCCAGUGAGUUCUAGAUUCCGAACAGAACAGAAGCAGAAUGCCUCCAGUCCCGCUCCUGAUGUGGGGAACGCAGCUUUGAGAGACGAGUGUCAGAAUGGGCAGCGUCGGGCGUCCACUGGUGUGAGGAGCAGCGCAGACUUGCGCGAGGGCGAGUCUGGGGCUCGCAGGGAGAAACCCUCGGAGGACGCGUGCGUGGACACGGAGAAACCCUCGGAGGAUGCGUGCGUGGACACGGAAUCGUCCGAGGAUUACCGCACUCCCAUGCGCAAGGUCCGAGUGGCCCACUCCCGACGGGACAGCCAGCCGCCCGCUGGAAGCGCUAACGGAUCAGUGGAGGGGGGAUCGACGGAGAAACCCUCAGAAGAUCUGGCACGUGGCACAGAUGCUCAGACUCCAAUAUCAGACUCCGACUGCAGUCCAGUGGCGCAGCGUGGUGUGGGCGUCCAGUGUGUUGAUGAGGACGCUGACCUUCUGAGUAGCAAAAACGAGAAGGCUGAACUGUCAUAUAUGAGCCGUGGGGACAUGACGACGACGAAUAGCAUUGAUGCUCCUCCAGCGCUGGAGAGUCAAGAAGAUGCACAGCCUGAGGUGGAGCAGCAGACACAGGAGCUUCCACAGAGCACCCAAGAGCACUCCAACGGGCACAGGCAGGAGGAGGAGGCGGAGGAGGAGGAGGAGGACGCACGUGUGCCUGAUGUCCGGUCUCCAGACCGGCCGCUUAUCACCAAUGGCACGGCAACACUCAAGCAUUCAGCUGAUGGAGUAGUGCACACGAAUGGCUUUGGAGACGCCCAUGGGGCACCAGGGGACGAGGGCAGCUAUACGAGGGUCAAAGGCCUGGUGGCAUCUCUUCAGCCGGCCCCUACGGCAUCCUCAACGCCUCCCGGGGAGUCGGUCGGCAACAUGCGCUCCAUGAUGGGCCCCCCUCUCCGGCCUCUGCUCCCUCCUCUGAUGCCGACUCCUCCCAAGUCCGGUAGACUGGACCGCCCUUCCAGAGCCCCGUCUGGACCCGCGGCGGCGCAAGACGGCGUCACUGAGAGGGCCGCGGCGAUGCCCUCCGCUAACCUAGCGCUCCGGAACGGCCCGCAGAAGAUCUCCGUCUCCGUCUCCGUCUCCCCCGCCGCCGCCACCACCACCCCGUCCCCCUGCAGAAGCGCCCACUCCUCCCCGCUGCAGUUCGGCUCAGCCACGCCCAAGCACGCCGUGCCGGUCCCCUGCCGACACCCGACGCCGCUGAACCCCGCGUCCCCCGCCGCGCCGGCCUCGGCCCAGAGCCAGGAGAACUCCAUGCAGAUGCUGGACUCCAUGUACCCGGAGCUGUCGGCUCAGGCGCGCACGCUCAACAUCCUGCGCGGGAACGUCUGCAACCUCGUCCGGCCCGGCUCCGGCGCCGCCGCCGCCCCGGAACCCAGCACGCCCCCUCAGGCCCCCGGCAGCCACGCGGCGUCCGGCUUCAACUCGGUGACCACGGCCUUCACCAAAACCCAGCAGGCGGGCAAGCGCUCCGGGACCAACGUGCUUUUGCCAAAGAGCGCCAAAAAGCUCCGCCUGGGCAACUCUCCUGUUACCAUUAGCGCCAGGCCGCCGUCAGACCUCGCCGUAGAGCCCUUACCGACCGACUGGGAGUCCAAAGACCCACACACCCCUAACGGCCUGCACGUUGUCACCAAUAAUCGGAUCGCUCCGCUGGACAAUGCGGCGAGCAGCAAAGAGUGUGUUAUUUCUCAGGCUCUGGCGAAGCUGGGAAGCUCUUGCUUUGAUUUGCUGGUGGUGGUUAAAAGUCACGUGCACAUUAAAAGGGUCUCCUCGGUCCCCAUACUGAGAGAUGAAGAGAAGGAGGUGCUCUCCGAUUUCUGCACAACACACAAGUCUUUGACCGAGGACUUCCUGUCCGCCAUUUUGGCUCAGCUGAAGGCAGAGAGGACGACCUUGGUUGGGGAUCACCUCCAGAGCCUCUGUCGAGUCUAUACCGCGCUGUGCCGCCAGAACAAAGAUCGGCUCAAGGCCAACGCCCUGGCCUACAGUCUCCUGAAAGAAGACUUCCCGGACGCUGCCAAACACCUCCUGUUUAUGGUGACCACGUGGCCUAGCUUGCUGACCUGUAGGAGUGACCUUUGCAGAGCCGUCCAGGCGGUCGCCCGCACACAGGCACGCGGGGACGUCCUCCACUGUCUCAACGCCUACCUCCACUGGGACUCGAACCCCCCCUGUGAUAUACCUCAGCUGAUCAACAGCACAAUGACUGCACUACGCACUGGAGGCAACAUGAGGUUUCAGCCCCACAGUCGCCACGGUGACGACCUUUGCCCCACGUCGUGGGAGUGCAUCUUCGCCCUUGACCUCCUGUGCUCGCAUCAGAAAUGGAAGUGGACGCUUGACAACAUCAUCCGUAAUGACCUUUGGCCCGUAAUGAAUGCGUGGGUGAGCCAGCCGCGGACACAGAAGGGUCCCAUCCAGGACGUGACCGUGGCCGCCGUUCUCCGACUGAUCGGGCGACUAGGGCAGCAGGGCAUCAAGGAGAAGUACACCGCCGGCGUCCGCAAUAUAGCCUCCGUCAUCAACAUGCUCGGCAAGCAAGGCCAGGCUGAAGGGGUGCCGUGGGAAGUGCAGUUAGCGGCGGCCUAUGCCAUAUACGACCUGUCACCUAGCAACCCCAAAGAGGCCUUGGCAGCGCUGGCGGAGUGGCGUGCGGAGGCUACGGGGGCAGUGCCCCCUGGCAUCACCAGCUGCCUCACGCAGAUCUCCUCACUCAGCAGGAAGCUCUCGUCCUGAGAAGGAACACACACACACACACACACACACGCACACAGACUUUCAACACAGACACACACACACACAGACACACACACACACACACACACACGGACAGACCUUCAACACACGCACACACACAGACAGACAGACAUACACACAGACUUUCCACACACACGCACACACACUCGCACACACACACAGACACACACACGCACAGACUUUCCAUAACUCCUUUGUAGCACCUUGGACAUUGCAGCAUUUUCACAUGAUUAUUUGUGUUUGUUUAGUUCUGUUUUAAAGCCGACUUGGCUGGGAAGCUGGACCCCCUCAUGACCCCCCCCCCCCCCCCCCACCACCCCCCCACACACUUGUCUUUGUAAAUAUGUCUUUUGUAAGAUUGUCUUUUGUAAAUAUACUAAGAAAAGAGCCUUUAUAUGUGUAAAUGAAACUCAAAGCUUUGAGCACUAAAGUAAGUAGUAAUGACAUGUCCAA